CGCGACGCAACGUGAGUGCGAAGUUGCUGUUCCUUUCACAGUUUACAUUCUCAGAGCAGUCUGUGACUGUAGUAGCGAUACUUGCAUUAGCAGCGGUAUUUAUGCCGUAUAUGACUUAAAUUGCAAUCAUGCCUGAAAGAGAAAUGGACAUGUUUUCUAAUCCUCUGCCUCCAAUGGGGCUUAAGGAUGAGCAAAUGGAUGAUACACAUCCUCUCACCAAUGAAGAUUUCCGUAAGAUGUUGAUGACACCUCGUGGGCCAUCAAGUUCAUAUAGUGCAACUAUCAGCCAAGCAAAGCGAGAGGCAGAGAUCAAAGUAGAUGAGGAAGAAGAUGCUGCCACUAGGAGGAAGAAGAAAAAGAGCUACUAUGCUAAACUUAAGAGAGAUGAAGAAGAAAGGCAGAAGGAGCUCGCAUCCAAAUAUAGGGACAGAGCAAGGGAGCGACGUGAUGGUCAAAACAGAGAUGAACCAGAGCAGAUGAGCACAACUGCUGACUACAGGGCAGUGGCUCCUGAUGCUAAAUCUGUGCAGAACUACGCUGAGCGAAGGAAGCAGAUGAUUCAGGAAUCAAAAUACCUGGGUGGUGACAUGGAACACACUCACUUGGUGAAGGGUCUGGACUAUGCUCUGCUAGACAAGGUUCGAGCAGAAAUCAGCAGCAAAGAAAAAGAAGAAGAGGACAAAAUGGAAAUGGCAGUUACUCAAAACAAGGAAGAAGAGGACCCAGAAGAAAAGAUCCUGUUUAAAACAAAACUGGGACGUAACAUCUAUCGUACUUUGUUCAAAAAUCGACUGCCUGAGCGGAAUGAACUGUUUCUCCCGAAACGCAUGGCUUAUGCUGUAGACCUUGAAGAUGAAUACGGGGAUUUUGACAUUCCCAACACCAUCAUACGCAGCAAGGUUGACUGCCCAAGCUUCGAGGCCACUACAACGUUGACGACAAAUGACAUCGUUAUCAACAAAUUGACACAGAUCCUUUCCUAUCUACGGCAAGGCAAACGUGAACUCAAGAAGUUGAAAAAGAAGGAGAAAGGAAAACUGAAAGAUGAUGAGAAGCCAAAAGAAAAAACUUUGGGUGCUGAUGACAGCAUCUACGGAGAGAUAGGUGAAUACAUGCCCUCUUUUGCCAAACCAAAGGACAAGAAGGAGCGUGGCGACAAAGAUCGUCCUCGUGACAGGGAGGACAGGGAUAGAGACAAAGAUCGUAAAGACCGUGAUCGCAAUCGAGAGCAUGAACGCGACAGACGUGAUUAUGAGCGUGAUCGAGAUCGUGGCAGAGAUAGGGGUCGUGAUCGUGAACGAGAGAGGGGUCGAGACAGGGAAGAACCAGCUGAGAAGGAAAAGCCAGCCAGAAAGCCCUACUUUGAAAAGCCAGCUGAAGAGGAUGAAGACAAAGAUAAGCCUCAACAGACAGCCAAAGAUUUGGUGCGGUCCAUCAAUGAUCGAUUUAAGGGUUAUGCUGACAUUGAAGAAGAGAAAAAAAGGGCGGCAGUCAGAGCCGAAGAGGAGCGACUGAAGAAGCUCAAAGCAAAGACAGAGAUUGACAGCUACGCUGAAUGCUACCCUGGGAUGAUGGAAUCAGCUGAUGCUAUUGACGACUCUGAUGAGGAAGCAGACUACACAAAGAUGGACCAGGGCAACAAGAAGGGACCAGUUGGACGCUGGGACUUUGACACACAAGAAGAAUACAGUUCCUACAUGUCUAGCCGAGAAGCUUUACCAAAGGCAGCAUUCCAGUACGGAGUGAAGAUGUCCGAUGGUCGUAAAACAAGAAGAGCUGGACCCAAGGAUGAAAAGUCAAAACUGGACAGGGAGCUUCAGCAAAUUAACAAAAUCAUUGAGAAACGAAAAGCUCCUGGUGCAGAGGGAUCAUCCAAGAAACCUAAAUAUUAGCUCCAGCCAUUGGAAAAACAUGAAUACACAGAUCAGAUGCUGUUGGUGUUUGAAGACUCAUCACAGGCCAACAGAUUAAAUACGUAGCCACAUAGAGUUGUGUUGCAACAUUUUUUGGCAGACAGAUUUUAUUCUUGUACUUUGGUCUCCUUAACUUAAGGGUGAGGUUGAUCCUGUUGAAAUGUAGCUGUUCAUGGGAAAGCAGAUAGCGAAGUGGUUAGCUUGCUGGCAUCUUAAACUAGAGUCAUACCAGUUCGACAUCAUGUGGUGCAGCAAACUUUCCCCAGUCAACCCAUCUGCUGGGAGUGGGUACCUGACUCUUUUAGGGUUGGAGGAAAGGAAAUGGGUACCACCCUCAUCUAAAGUGUGCCCCUUGUCUCUAACACCUCACCCUGAUGACUGAAAGAUAAGGGGAUGAUCUUCACCUUUAGCCACCUUUUGUUAAUGAUACCAGGAUUGCUACCACAGCAGUUUCUGUCAUCUAGCAUUCGUUGAGCAGUGUUUUUUUAACAAUACAAUUUGUUGGUUUUUUUUUCCCAUUCUUCAGUUGAAAUGGAGCCAUGUCUUAGGAAAGAAUGCCUGUGUUCAAAAUGACAAUGCUAAAGAAGUGUUUUUAAUAAUACAUUUUGAUAAUCAUUCUGAGAGCAUAGUCCCUUUGUGUGUGCAUACUUGUCUUCACAUUUGCUUGAAUACAUGUAUUUGGCAGUAGCAGAAAAAAAAGAAUUAUAAUGUAAUAAAAGCCAGUAGAGGGCUUCUAUUGAUUGCACCUGUUGAUAUAGAAUGCUGGAUUUUUUUUUUAAAGUCUGUAAUCACUCAAUGAUUUUGUCAUUAAAUGAAACUAUGUACAUUGU